UCGUCACUUUGUAGAGAGUUAUCGAGCGUCAUUACGCACGGCCCUGAGCAGCUGGAGGGUAAAGAACUGAGGAGUGAGCUUUACCAGAAACAACUUUGUUCACCUCCCUCACUUUCUGCACCGAGUCCGGACCGGCCCAUGGAUCAGAGUGGUUAACAAUGAAGGAAGCGACCGGGACCUUCGACGGAGGGCUGCGCGUCAUGCAGAGCAGUGUGGAAUAAACUGCCCGCCGGUCAUAUGCACGCUCAAAGAGAGAUAAUGGGAGUGGCAAGUGUGGACCUGCUCGUGACACUCCAGAUUUUACCUGGCUUCUUCUCAAACUGUCUGUUCCUCGCGCUGUACGACUCCGUGGUGCUCGUGAAGCGCGCCGUGUCGCUGCUCAGCUGCUCCCGGUCCGCGGGCUCCGGAGAGUGGCGCCGCAUGCUCACCUCCGAGGGGCUGCGCUCCAUCUGGAACGGCUUCCUGCUGGACGCAUACAAGCAGGUGAAACUUGGCUGCAAUGCACCAAACUCCAAACUGGUGAAGGUGCCUGAUGUUUCUCGCUGGAGCGGCAGUCUCGGUAACAUGACGAAUAUGCCGCAGGAAUCUAGGACCCGAAAUGAAGAAGAAUGUCACCUUCUGGAUUUUGAGUCAUUGGAUCGCCCUCUGGUGGUCAACUUCGGCUCAGCCACCUGACCCCCCUUCGUCAGCCACCUGCCAGCUUUCCGGCAGUUGGUGGAGGACUUCAGCGACGUGGCUGAUUUCCUGUUGGUGUACAUUGACGAGGCCCACCCGUCUGACGGCUGGGUGGCCCCUCCCAUGGGCUCCUGCUCCUUUAACGUCCGGAAACAUCAGAACCUGGAGGAGAGGCUGGGGGCGGCACGCAAUCUCAUCGAGCACUUUUCCCUGCCGCCGCAGUGUCAGCUGGUGGCCGACAGCAUGGACAACAAUGCUAAUGUUGCUUACGGCGUGUCGAAUGAACGGGUGUGUAUAGUGCAACAGAGAAAGAUCGCCUACCUGGGGGGUAAGGGUCCUUUUUUUUACAAUCUGAAGGAUGUGCGGCAGUGGCUGGAACAGAGCUACGGUAAACAGUAAGAGGGACAAGGGAAGACAAUUUAUUUUUUUGACAAUUUUCCAACUGAAGAUUUCCCUCCUUUGAAUGAGCAUAAAAGGCUAAAUCAACAGCUGUGUUGUAGACUUGAUGAAAAGGUAACUAAAAACAUUUGACCAAGUACAGUACCGAAGCACAAAUUCACGGUGCUUGUACUCAUUUUUGACUAUUUUGUUCUGCAUUCUUCUUCUUAGCAAUAAUUCCUCGGGAAACACUAUGUAUUUUCCACUGCUUUUCAUUUAUUUGAUUCCUUUGGGUAGGCUACAUGUUUUUAAUUCAAACCGUCCUGUACUUUUACUGAUAAGGUUGGGACAUGUUUUAUUCCAAACAAAUACAUGAGUGAAAACCAAGCCCAUAGCCAACAUUUAGCCCUACCUUUAUGAGCUUAAACAUUAGAGAGAUGUACAUGCCCAAAAGGAAUGGAGCUACCACCACAUCUAACCCUGUUUUUCUGGCAUGUCACCACUUCCCCCCUGGGCGUCCAUUUUCCUCUGACACCGUUGCUCAGGGCAGGAAUUAUAAUAUAAUGUCAUAUCACUGUGUUCCAGGUUUUAAAAAGCUUAUUACCACAGGACAUCUGACUAAUUCUUAUCAUAGAGCCGGUUCUUUAUUGAAUAGCAGAAAAACCCACAAUGGAAAGUACAAAUCUGGGUCAUGUUCAAAGGUCAAACGUUGCACUUGAUAUCCUACUAUGGCCCCCAUUUGGCACAAGCGAACGUUAGCAUUUAGUCCCUUCUUACCUAACAUUUAGGUUUUUUUGUAAUUUGGGCAACACGUGU